AUCACACCGCCGAGGACUUUCUCCUCUCCUCUCCGCUCCGCUUCCACUGCUCCGGUUCUGGAUGUGUUUGGACGGAAACCGGGUGACCGGUAGCACAGAAACCAGCUCCACCUUGAUGAGCAGAACAUUCAGACUUCACAUUCUGACUGGAUGUCCCCCCUGGAGGGUGAGUUACUCCCACAGGAACGCGGAAUCUAGCAGACGACACUUCGGAUCACUUGUCCAUCGCUGAACUCCUCCAUGUUGAACAAAGAUUUCUGCGAGGGACGCGAGAAGAACGUCUCGUUUUUCUACGAGCUCAGUAACAAGAGCCUCAGCGCGGAAUGGAAGACGAGGGACUUCGUGGUGGUGGGACUCGGAGUCCCCGUGUGCAUCUUCAUCCUCUUCGCCAACCUGAUGGUGAUGGUGGCCAUCAUCGUGAAUCGGCGCUUCCAUUUCCCCAUCUAUUACCUGCUGGGCAACAUGGCGGCGGCGGACCUGUUCGCCGGCAUCUCCUACCUCAACCUCAUCUUCCACACGGGGCCGUGGACCAUCUUUCUCACGCAGAACGAGUGGCUUGUGCGAGGAGCGCUGAUCGAGAUGAGCCUAACCGCGUCGGUGGUCAACCUGCUGGCCGUGGCGUGGGAGAGACACCAGAGCAUCUUCACCAUGCAGCUGCACAGCACCAUGUCCAACCGGCGUGUCCUGAUGUUCAUCGUGGGUAUCUGGGUCAUAGCCAUCAUCAUGGGCCUCGUCCCGACCAUGGGCUGGAACUGCGUGUGCGAAUUUAGCUCCUGCUCCACCGUCGCGCCGCUCUACUCCCGCAGCUUCCUAGUGUUCUGGGCUGUACUCAACCUCAUCACUUUCUCCAUCAUGGUGGCCAUAUACACACGCAUCUUCAUCUACGUGCGCCGGAAGAGCCAGAGCACGCUGCCUUACACACUUAACGUCAGGCAGAACGACACGCUUGUCGGGCUGAUGAAAACCGUCUCCAUGAUUCUGGGUGCGUUUGUGAUCUGCUGGACCCCCGGGCUGGUCAUCCUGCUGCUGGACGGGCUUUGGUGCACGCGUUGCCAGGUGCUGAAAUACGAGAAGUACUGCCUGGUCCUGGCCGAGUGCAACUCCCUGGUGAACCCCAUCAUCUACUCGUGUCGCGACGAGGACAUGAGGAACACGUUUAAGCGUAUCCUGUGUUUCCUGUGUAGGCGGGGCGGAGAGCAGGAGGUCGAGCCGAGUCCCAUCUACUCGGACACUUUGAACUCAGACAGGCUGUUGACGGAGAACCACUCGGACCGCUACAACCACACAGAGCGCACGUCUUCCUGAACGUCCGUUAGUCAAAAGGACUGUAAAACUUCACACGUGCCGUUCUCCGUACGUCCCUGAACGAUACACGCGGUAAGUAAAUGUAGCAGGCGAUACGUUUUGUGUGCGGCGCGUCUUUUCCCCGCGACGGCGCAUCCCGAAGCCGACGAUUGCGAUUUUUUAAAAUUAAUUUAUUAAGCAGACACGGUGUAUUUUUGUCGCUCGUUCCCGAUCUCCUCACGCCAACAAACCUAAUACAGAGUCCUUUCAUACGAGAACGAGCACAAUGAUAUAGACCCGUGAUUUGCCGAGCAGGCGAACCACCGUCAUGGCCGUGCUGCGGUAGAAAACCAAUCAACCAAUCGGAUUUGAGAACCGACCAGCACCAUGGUAUAAACAAAUAAUUUAUAGUAGCUAUAGAGGGGAAUGUUGCCACUAAACACUUUUUAUUUACAGUGAGGACUCCUUAAGUACCGACUGAACAAUGAUGUUCAGCGAGAUCCACCAAUAGGAGAGCUCCGUCCUGUCCUCCUGUGUAUGUAUAUACGACUUUAAAUAAAAAAUUUUAAAACCCAUGGGUUUGUAGCACGUAACGUUAAAACUUUUUACGUCCAAAUUACGGUUUGACAUCUCGUAUACCAUCACGGUCUCUCGCUAGCCUUAAAAACGCCAUUUUCAUGUUUUUCACCCUCCCCCAAACGUCUCCGCGCGCGCCGGGUCGGAAACAAAGCGCGGACCGCCGAGCGGGCCGUCUUUGUGGCUUGAGAGUGGGCGGAGUCAACUACGCGCUGCUCGAUUGGACGUCACGUUAAUCACGAGAAACUUCUGUACUGUAGUGCUGAUGAACUCCAUUUUUAUAACAAAUAGCUGGAUCUAAUUUUUGUCUUCCUUCUUGAACUAACUGUUUUAUUGUCCCACUCUGUUUUUGUAAACUGAACAAAAAUAAAAGUUUUAAUAAACAUUUCCUAGCACACUUCUAACAUAAAAAAACCCCCACCUACGGCUGGACGUGACGAAUAUCGGGGUAUUUUUUUUUUGUUUUUUUUUAUAGAGAUAUUUUUGCUAUAAAAGCGCACACCUAUCGUGCUGUAAUUAACGCAGUGACAUUUCAUUGUUUUCUAAUGCACUGUCGAUUAUGUUUGAAUUAUUCAUAAAUACAGCUCACUCAAACACACUUUUGUUGUCGUCAAUCACCGAGGAGUUUUCACGACGUGAACUCGUGGCAUCCGCUGUUGUUUUAAAUGUUUUUGCUUCAUACACAAGUUGAAAGAGAUCAGACAUUCCAGCAGCAGUGUGUCAGACAUAACAUAUAAACAAACCUCCCCGAAAAUGUGCUGAUCGACAUCACCAAUUAGCGUAAUUUUUUUUUUUUUUUAAAUAAUAAUUAAAUAAAUAAAUCACACACCAAAGCUCAAAAGCACACUAGAUUAUUUUAUUAGUUUUCAAUUUUCUAAUAAGGAACACUACAAUUCUCAUAUUUCCUUUGUGUUUUUUUUUUUCUUCUUUUUUUUUCUUUUUCUCUCUUACUAGAACAGUUCUAAAGUUGAGGUAUAAAAGGAGUUCAUACCAGACUAACAAGUCUGAAAAUGGCAGGGUUUUAUAUACAAGAGAAAUGGAGAGAACAGGGGAGAGGUAGAGAAAAGGAGGAGUGAUGACGGAAGGAAGGAAAGAAGGAAGGAAGGAAGGAUAUACUACAGUUCUAGAGGGAAAGAAAAAAAAAAUGUAUAUAGUACGUUAACAAAACCACAAAUCUGUUUCAUUUGUUUUCGGUGCAGCGAAAUGUCAUCUGGUCACAUGACCUGGCCGCGAGCUCUUUUUUUUUUUUUUUUCUUUCUUUUCCCCCGUGACCGUGUGUACGGAAACGAGGGUUCGUCUAGGAUCUCGCCAGGAACUGAAUGUGGGUCAGGCGUCUCACUUUCUGAAUCCGUGUCACGAUGUGAGUCAGGAUUAAAUAAACUGAUGACGAGGCAAUCUGUUCAAAUCAGAUUCAUGCAUUAUUCUACAAAUCAGCUCGUUAUGCUUAGAUUUUAAUCCAGAAAUAAUGGAUAAAAUCCAUCCAACACUCAAGAAGCACAAAAAGGCCCAGGUGUAAACAGGAUGUCGGACUUCUCCCUCUCUCUCCCUCUCUGUCUCCCGCGCGCUCACUCAGGUGAGAAGCUCCAAGUAAUUCCAGCAAUGUAGCGUAACUCCAGAAUGUCAGGGCAGUUUGUGGCGGUGAACAUGUCUGCUCAUGCCGCAGCUACGACGAGGGCUUACAGCCUUCGUAAACAAUGUGAGAGUUUCAGGACUGGAAGCGUCGCACGCUUGGCAGCUGCACAAAAGACUUCUUAAAAGGACCCCAAAAAAAAAAAAAAAGAGAGGCCUGAGCUGCUCGGAGGAGUUGCCGGGAGGCUGGAUCUCCUGUCGAGCGAGCAAACACGCUCGUAAACACGCAAAAAUCCGGCCCGCGCCCGGAGAUGUAAUCUUUCGCCUAUUUGUCGUGUUGCGAAGCUUCUAGAAGACGACACUCUCCGUAAGAAACCCUGUGACCUUUCCGACAGAUGCCAGCUGGAAGAUACGCAAAUAUGCACAGCUGGUUUAAUUCAGGGAGGAAGAAGAGGGGGGGAAAAAUGAUAAUAAAUUCACUGCACCAAACACAAAUAUAACCGAUUUAAAAUAAUAAUAAAAAAAAUUAUAAACAACAAUAAUAACCAAAAAAAAAAAAAAAAAAAAACCCAAAAAAGAAAAUAAACAAACCCAAAAUCAAACUCAACAACAUUACAAAUACAAAAUACAAACACUCCAGGUCAUAAGUGGAGUAAAGUCGAGAGGAAAAACAAACAAACAAACAAGUAAUUAAAAUCAAACGUGUACAUUUUAUAAAAAGAGAAAUACACUUAAACAUUCCACAAUCUGUACAAUGACAUCCGUUGAUGACGAGUACAAAAAGGAGGAAGGGAGGAAGGAAAAAAAACAAGUAUUAUUAUUAUUAUUAUUAUUAUUAUUAAUAAUAAUAAUAAUAAAAAAAUAUUUUGGUGUAGUAAUAGCAUUAGUUAGAAGAAAAGCCAGCCAGCUGAAAUGUAGCCUAGUAAGUAACAUUAAUCUAUACAGAUGUGGGUAAAAAGGUCAUUUUCGAGUCGUGUCCGAGUGUGUGUGUGUGUGUGUGUGUGUGUGUGUGUGUGUGUGUGUGUGUGGUUUUUAUAUAUAAACAAAACCCAUCUUACAUUUCAGGUGUCGAGUUCAUUGUGUAACAAUUUCCAUUCGUAUACAUCAGGAUGCCCCGGGAGCUCCCAUGGUCAGUGUUAAAGGGAGAGAGGGGAAAAAAAAAAAAAACGAGGAGGGAUGAAGAAAGAGCAAGAGAGAGAAAGACAGAAAGAGAGAGAGACGUGUUUAAAAAAAACAAAACAAACAAACAAACAAAAAAAAACAAAACCCACAACAGCCACCAGACACCACGUCCUGCCGUUUUUCCCGCGCUUCGCGGUGUCGGGAAAGCGAUCCUCGAGUUUAAUGUCUCCGUCCUCAGCGUGUGCUGCAGUCCACCGACUUUAAAACCACCACACGCUUAUUUGGUUCAACUUCAAAAAGAAGCCCUUGUUGCUCAGACAGGUUAAAGAAAGAAUUUGUGUGUGUGUGUGUGUGUGUGUGUGUGUUUUUAAAUGGGAUGUGGCAUGCUAACAUCACGUACGGAUGCUUUCGAUCGGAUGUAGAGAGAGAUACAAUCAGAUAUAAAGUGGAACAAGACCCCCCAAAAAAAUCAGCACACAUCAUACAAGAGCUUCAAAUCAAAACCUGCUGCACUUUC